UCUGUGCUCCAACAGGACCCCGCUGCAUUGUAUCGGGGCGGAGGGGUCGUCUGCUCUUCACAUGUUGUUGCCUCGUUAUCUGUUCGGGAAAGUACCGUCUAAUGAAAGCAAGUGGGGUGGGGAUCAAUCAUCCGAUACCGAUCGGCUCUGUCUGCGUGAAAUAGGGAAUGAACGACGAGACAGCAUCGGACAGCUGGAAGAGAAACUCCGGGUGCUCCAGAUUUUGGAGUUGAGCUGCUGAGAUUGCCACAAUAUGAAGGAGUAUUGAGCAAAUGCUGGCUGUGAAUCCCGGAAAGACGCCCAUCAGUCUGCUGCAGGAGUAUGGAACGCGGCUAGGUAAGACCCCAGUGUAUGACCUGCUGAAGGCCGAGGGACAGGCCCACCAGCCCAAUUUCACGUUCCGCGUCUCCGUCGGAGAGAUCAGCUGCACCGGCCAAGGGCCCAGCAAGAAGGCAGCCAAGCACAAAGCAGCCGAGGCUGCUCUGAAGAUGCUCAAGGGAGGUCUCGGAGGUCCCGUCGCAGUUGGUGUUGGAGUAGACAAGUUUAUUGGGGUUGACGUGUCCACUGAUGGGGACAGCUCCCAGUCAGAGAUGAAGACCUCAGGCAGUUCUCAGCAGUCUGAAUGUAACCCAGUAGGGGCUUUGCAGGAAUUGGUGGUGCAGAAAGGAUGGCGUUUGCCAGAGUACACAGUCACCCAGGAGUCUGGUCCAGCACACCGCAAGGAGUUCACCAUGACCUGCAGAGUGGAGAGAUUUGUGGAAAUCGGAAGCGGAACCUCCAAGAAGCUAGCCAAGAGAAACGCAGCAGCUAAGAUGUUAUCGCGUAUACACGAUGUCCCAGUCGACCUGAGGACUACCAUCGACGCUGACGUGGAAGAAGACACGUUCAACAUGCACAUGGGGAGCAAAGCUGAGACAGGCAAAAGUAAAGGCUUCAGCUGCACCUGGGACUCACUGCGUAACUCUGCUGGAGAGAAGAUCCUCCAGCUCCGCAGCCACCCUCUGCGCAUGCCCACUGACUCCAACUUCUGCUCUUUGCUGAGUGACCUGUCGACGGAGCAGCGCUUUGACGUCAGUUACCUGGAUCUGGAGGAGCGCAGUCUAAGUGGCCUGUGCCAGUGUCUGGUGGAGCUGUCCACACAGCCGAUCACAGUGUGCCAUGGCUUUGCUCCGAGCAUAGAUGCCGCUCGAGCCAAUGCGGCCCACAAUGCACUGCAGUACCUCAAAAUCAUGGCCGGGGGGAAGUGAUGUUAUCUUCCUGCGCACAGACUCUCUUUUGCCAGGAUAAACUUCCUCUUCGGACGAUGGAGGCACUUUUUGGAUUGAGUUCAAAUAACGCAAAUUACCUCAAAUGUGGAAAUAGAGACUUUUUCUGUCCCCAAAUUGACCCCCGGAGCCACAUGGAUUUCUUAUUGUUGCCCAUGAAGAUUUAGUUGCCCAAAAACUCAUGUACCCCUCUCCUUGACAUUUUGCAUAUUUGUCACAAAUUACUUUAAAAGGCAUUUUUAGUGUUUUCAGUCAUCUAUAAGCAGCACUGUAUUUUCCUAAAUAUCUCACGUCUUUGUCUGAAAUCAUAAAUGGUGCUCUUGCAGUGAGUUUCCAAAUAACUGCAGACAAAUUGUGAUGCAACAAAAGGUCAAAGGAGCUUGUAGAAAUCGUGCUGUGGAAUCGACGAGUAUUGGUGCUUCGUUUAAUCCAAGAUCAAUGAAGGAUGAACGGAAGAAAGAAAUUCCAGCCAUGUGCCGAAACGUGGAGAGAAAAGGACUCUGCUGAAGAGAUCAGAGGAUCAUUAUUUUAAAGACUGCCCUGUUUUCAGAUGAGCUCGUUUGAGAAAAUGUGUAUUUUGUUGUAUAUUAAUCUGGACCAUAAAAACUGUUUGUCCCAUAUUUUCUUUGUCUAAAAUUAGGACCUCAUAAGGUUUUUUUGAAAUUAAAAUUUUAUAAACAUAUACCCCUUUGGCACUCCCAAUGUAGAAAUAGUCAGAAGGAUCAAGAGACUCGGAUGACUGAAAAUUAUUGAUUGAUGAAUUGUGAAUGAAUGAAUGAAUUGUGUGCAAUGUUGCCCCUUUAUAAACUUCCUUGUUGGUUGGGUUCAUGUUGAUGGCUUUCAGAGCAGCAACUGAUAAAGUAGUCAUAAUGUGUGUGUCUUUAAUCGUGAGGAUAACAUUACAAUUCAAUUAAUAAUCCCAGUAACUCGGGAAUUUGCAAAAAAUAAAUAAUUAAGCACAGUUUUGAAAUUACUAUUUUUCAAAAACUCUUCUUUUAGCACACAGAUUUUGUUCAAAGAGUAAAUCCAUUUCAGUGUAAGACAAAGACAAACAGGGAGAAAGUACUGUGAAUCUUCUGCUUUGUUAAUUACUUUUGACUUUCAAUAUCACAGACCAAACAAAGAACCUACAUAUUAUGUGGAGUCUUGAUGUUUUUUGUGUCCAUUAUGCCUGGUAUUGUUUCAUUUAUAAUCUGAACCCUUCUGUCAAUGUGACUAUGAUUCCUGUAAUGAUGUUUGAAAAUUGAUGAUGGUGAAUUUCCAGAUUAUUUUCUCCAACUACUUGCUGUGUCUUGGUGUAAGGGUUCGUUACCACCCACCUUGCACUCAGCUGGAAUAUGUAUUGAAAAUAGUGGACAGUUUGCACUACUUGAAAAGAUAAUGUCCUUUGCACAAUGCAGGCUGACCGAGUUUCUGUACAUCUCCCACCGGUGAGUUUGGUGUUACCUCAUUCUCUGAAAAGUCAGAUCUGCAUCUUGUUUUUCUGAUAAUUCAAAAAAGGAAGUUUUGCUGUUUUUUUUACGAGUUUUAGUUGCUGACACCAUUGACAAUAUAUUUGAGAUAGACUUCUUUGUUGUGGUAGUAGUAACAGUUUUUAGAGAAACAAUGAACUAAAAUGUGAGCUCCAUUGAAUUUGUUUCCAAUAAAAAAUUUUUGUACAUUU